AUGGCGUGUCCCCUGGAGCAGGCGCUGGCCGUGAUGGUCACCACCUUCCACAAGUACUCAGGGAAGGAAGGGGACAAGUACAAACUCAGCAAGAUGGAGCUCAAGGAGCUGUUGAACAAGGAGCUGCCCGUCUUCGGGAGCAAGCAAAUGGAUGAGGUGGAGUUCAAGAGGCUCAUGAACGACUUGGACCACAACAAGGACAGCGAGGUGGACUUUAAGGAGUACGUCUGCUUCCUGGCUUGCAUCACCAUGGGCUUCAACGAGUUCUUCAAGGACGACCUCCCCAAGCACCCCCGCAAGAAGUGA